AUGCGAUCACCGCCUUCUUCCUCGUGUUCCAAUUCGUCUUCUUCUUGUUGUUCUAGUUCCCUCGCUGCAACGAGUUUGGCCAACAGGCUCCGGACCGUGUUCAAGAAAGCUUCCGAGCUUACGACUCUCUGCGAUAUCGAAGCCUGCGUCAUCCAUUACGGACCAGACGGAGAAUUACAGACAUGGCCUAAGGAUCGACAGAAAGUGAGAGACUUGGCUCUUCGGUAUAGUCGUCUCGACGACGCCAAGAGGCGCAAGAAAAGCGUCAAUCUUUAUGGGUUCCUCAACAAGAACAAGAACAAGACCAAGGCGACGAAUCUGACGAAGAAGCCGAGGACGACGAACUCGAAUCAACUAAUGUAUCCACUCUCUGAUCACCACUCUCCCGACCAUAUCUCCCAACUGAUGGAGUCCUUGCUACGAAAGCGCUCCAUCUUGCAAGAAAGGCGUCGUUUUCUCGAGGCACGGAAACAGACAAAGGCAAAGUUGGAAGAUCAUAAGGGUUUAGCACCAUCCUCUCUCAACCAUCAACAGACCCAAUCCUUGAACCCUUCCUCUCUGAACCUUCAUCAGACCCAAUCCUUGAACCCUAGCAAGUUCUCGCUAGUUAUGUAUAACCACGAAGAUGCUACUCUCUCUCAAAUCCCACUCUCUGCAUCAAAUUUCACCAAUUUCACAGAUGAUUACUUGAUGCAUCAAGAGGUUAAUGGUUGUGGUCAGAAUAUAUCUAUGGGUUACAUCAACAGCAACAACUUCCAACUUCCUUGCGACUCAAACACACAAGAAUCUGUGAAUAACUACGGCUCGAAUCAGUUGAUGCCUCAAGAGCUUUGUGGUUAUGAUCAGAACAUCUGUAUGGGUGAUACUACCAACAGCAACAACUUUCAAGGUCCUUGCGUCUCAAACACACAAGCGGUACCAGUACAGGAGUCUGUGAAUAACUGCGGGAUGAAUGAGUUGAUGCCUCAAGAGCUUUAUGGUUAUGAUCAGAGCAUGUGCAUGAGUGAUACUACCAACAGCCACAACUUUCAACAUCCUUGCUUCUCAAACACGCAAGAUUUGGCAGCGUUGCCAUCGGAGUUACAAGAAUCUGUUAAUAACUUCAGGUUGAAUGACUUGACACAGCGAGCCGAUCCUUAUGGUAUUAUGUUCGGUAACAGUAGCUUCUCUCAAGAUCUCUCAGAUGUGUUUUCAAGCUAUGAUCUUCAGUUUGAUGAGAGCAGUCUACUUCAGACAUCUACCCAUCUAUCCACAUCAUUCCUAUCAGCUAGAUUUCUCUGA